AUGCAACAGCAAGAAGGUUUCCUGCUUCUCGCCGCCUUUUUCCACGAUCGUAGGAAAUGGAGCAUUCUUACCAACGGCCAGCAGGGGGCAACUCUUCUGGUUCUCCUCCUCCUCCCUGCGCUGCUCCUGCUCUCCGUCCUCCCCGCUGCGCCGGCGGAGGAGUCCGCUCCCACCUUCGAGUACCGGGACCCUGCUACCGGGGAGACCCUCAACUGCAACAAGUGUCCACCGGGAACCCACAUGGCCGCGCACUGCACCGCCAGCACGCCCACGCAGUGCGCGCCGUGCGGGGGGGACUACUUCACGGCGCUGUGGAACUACCUGCCCAGGUGUCUCUACUGCAGCAACUUCUGCAACAGCAACCAGGAGGUGGAGACCGAGUGCUCCCCGACCACCAACCGAGUCUGCCGGUGCCGGCAGGGCUUCUACCGGCUGGAUGACUUCUGUAUCCGGCACACCGAGUGCGGCCCCGGACACGGAGUUCAAACCACAGGUACCUCGGAAAGGGACACUGUUUGCCAAAAGUGUUCUGACGACUCUUUUUCUAGCUCAUCCUCUGCGCUGGAUUCAUGUGUAAAACAUCAAGAAUGUGCAAAUGGAAAGAUCAAGCUCCUCCAUGGAUCAGCCUACCAGGACGCAAUGUGUGGCACCUGUGAGGAUCUUGCAAAUGGAAGUGAGACUUUCAGGACUUUCCUCUCAGGAUUCUUUUCAAUGCAGAAGAUGCGUUUAGGAAAAUUGAAGAGAUUUGUCUACAAAUACAUCUCCACGUCGGCGGAGGAGGGGUGCAUCGGGGACGCCACUCCGCUCAAACAGAGGGGUUCUCUGCUGGAUCAGAUCAAAGGUUGGCUGUCCACAAGUCCAGAGCAGGAGCUCAGGAAACUGCCACAGAUGCUGAAGGAUUGCCAGCUCAGCUCCACAGCAGAAAAACUGGAGGCAAGACUCAAUGAGAUCAAGCAGCAGAGCCCAAACUGUAGCUUAAGUCUAACUGCAAAUUAAGUGAUGCACUUUGAAAGACUACAGAAUCCGCAGCACAUAUGCUCGUAUGACAAAUACCUCUUUUUGGAAUUAUAAUUUGUUACACCUGCAUCUUUUGGCAUCAUUUGUCUGUUUAUUGAGAGUAUAUUGCAAAUGUUUUGUAAAAAAUAAUGUUAUUUUUUUACAAUAUUAUUUUUUUAGUUUGGUGACAGCUACUGACAAAAUGUACAUAGAAAUUUUUAUACGAAGGUUGUGGUGAACAAGAUGUUGAAUUAUACUGCCUAAUGGUACUGCCAUACCGGUGUUUGGUGUAUGUUGGACUGUACUUCAAAAGUGGGAGAAGAUUCACAAAUAAAGAUGAAAUAUGCAAACAAAAUAA